AUGAAUGAAAUACAAGAAGACGUCUCUGUAGCUCUUGCAGAUCAACAUUUCACCACGUACAACUGGUUGAGAAACAAGUACUAUUCAUACACUGAUCUCUCAUCUAUACUCGAGAUAUAUGCAUUCGGAACAAUCGAUAACAAGAGUCUACUUCCAGCGUUAAAUAAAGCACAAUUAUCCAGAUUGAGGCAGCUAACACUUGUUGGAUUGGCUGAAGAUAGCGUGGAGAUUUCCUUUGACAAAAUUCGGGCCGAAUUGUGCCUGGAGAGUCAAACUUGGCUUGCUGAUUUGAUUGAUUUGAACAAUCCUGUGGUGAUCAAGUUCAAAAUUGACGAACUUGAGCAAGUUAUACGUGUUGAAGAUAUUUUUCAGACCCGAGACGUCUUUAGUAGCCAGGACAUGCCAUUAAGAAUACUUUCAUUUGAUCAGGUGAGUUUCAAUGUGUCCAAGAUGAUAAACGCACUCAAGUUUAUUCGUGAUGUUAAACUUGCAAAGGUGACAGAUGCCCUGAAAUCAAAGAAAGAUUUGUCCGCGGAGGCCGUGUCAGCGACGCGUCGAUCGUCUCAGCUUAAAAGAAGGCUAGAGGGUUGA